AUGUUCGGCCUCAACAUCUUCGCUGCGGCCCUGCUCGCGCUAGCCGUCGUCGCUACUGAUUCUAGCUGUGCGCCUCCUACCACGGUCACUGUCACGGUCACGCAGUGCGUCUCGCUGCCUGGACCCGCUCCUACGCAGCCAAUGUCGUAUGCGCCUCUUCCUCCUCCUGCUACAUCGGGGCUAGCGUCUGAUGUUGGCAAUAGUGUUCCUUCUGAGCCCAUCACUAGCGCCGUCAUGCCCCAGGAGCCCGUUCCUACGUCUGGUGCCGUCGUUCCUUCAGGCCCUCUUCCGUCGUCUGGAGAGCCGGUUACUCCCCCAUCGGCUCCUGCUACCACGGCCCCGGUUAGCCUUCCCUCGGCCUCUCCGUCCGCGUCCGUCACAUCGACUGUCGAGGCGCCAUCCUCGUCCGGAAGCCCUGGCGAGCCAGUCGAGAGCCCUACGCCUUCCGAGUCCUUCAAUGCCGCACCCGUUGCUACACCCUUUGGUGGAAUGGGCUCGCUUGUCGCCAUGGGUGCCGUGGCCCUGGUCGCCGUUAUCUAA